CGAAUCUCUAACCAAUCAUGGCUUCUCAGCCUUCAAGGAAGGCGAAAAAGCGAACCAGAGUUGACUCGGAACAACUCGAACGGCUCGACUCACUCCCAUGGAAUUCCUCGCUUCCCAACGACAACGACGAUGACCUUUUCUCUCUCCUCAUCGGCCCAAGCGAACUCGAAGGAGGAUUUUUAACACUUGAAGAGAUUGAUGAAUCGGAGUACGGGUUAGAAGUUCUGAAACCGGAGAGAGAAAAUUACGAGCAUAGGUUGAAAGAGAAGACGAAAUCAAAGAAACGGAAGCGAAGUGAAGGCGAUGGAGAUGUUGGGUCUGGUGGUGAGGUUGAAGAGAAGGUUGAGGAGGAGGAGGAGGAGGA